UAAAAAAUCGACAAACGACUUUCUAAAACCUCUCUCUCCCUCUUUGGGUUCCCUGACAAUUUAGAGAGGUAGAUAUAUUGACUCAUCAUUUAGUACUCAGUAGUAGGAGAACAAUCAAACAGCCGCCGCUGAACACACAAUCAAACAGAGGUCAUGGCUCCUCAAAUCAUGGCAGUGGAGAAAGGAGGUGACGAAUUUCCGGCCAAACUCACCGGACAAGUCUUGGUUUGCACCAUCAUUGCUGCUUUUGGUGGCCUUAUGUUUGGCUAUGAUAUUGGAAUUUCAGGCGGGGUGACCGGAAUGGACGAUUUCUUGGAGAAAUUCUUCCCGGAGGUUUACGUGAAGAAGCACCGAGCACAUGAAGACAACUACUGCAAAUACGACAGCCAGUUGCUUCAGUUGUUCACGUCGUCACUGUACCUCGCCGCCAUCGUGUGUAGUUUACUCGCCUCCAAAUGUUGUAGCAAGUUGGGUCGAAAAGUCACCAUGCAAUUCGCGUCGGCGUUUUUCUUCGUCGGCGUCGUUCUGUGCACGGCGGCCAUUGAUCUUCCGAUGCUCAUCUUCGGCCGACUUUUUCUCGGCGCCGGCGUUGGUUUUGGCAACCAGGCAGUACCAUUGUUCAUAUCUGAGAUUGCACCAGCAAAAUACAGAGGAGGUCUAAACAUUUGCUUCCAAUUGCUGAUCACUGUCGGAAUCCUGUGCGCAAAUCUCGUCAACUAUUUCACGGCAAACAUUCAUCCCAAUGGUUGGAGAUACUCACUCGGCGGAGCAGCCGUUCCGGCCAUCUUUCUCGGCCUCGGUUCCCUCAUCAUAGUGGAGACUCCGACGAGCUUGAUCGAGCGGAACAAAAGGGAAGCAGGCCUGAGGGCUCUGAAGAAAAUCAGGGGCGUCGAGGACGUCGAAAGAGAGUAUCAGGAAAUCGUGCACGCGACUGAAAUAGCGGCACAAGUGAAGACCCCCUUUAAGAACCUGUUCCAGAGGCAGAGCAGGCCUCAACUCGUUUGCGGAAUGCUUCUUCAGAUCUGCCAGCAGUUAACUGGAAUCAAUGUCAUCAUGUUUUACGCUCCGGUUCUGUUUCAGACCAUGGGUCUUGGCAGCGACGCCGCUUUGUUGUCCGCCGUUGUUACAGGUUCCAUCAAUUCAGCUUCCACCUUGGUGGCGGUUUUUGGUGUUGACAGAGUUGGAAGAAGGUUCUUGCUCAUUGAAUCAGCUGUUCAAAUGUUCUUAGCCCAAGUGGUUACGGGUGUCAUUCUCGCGAAGAAUUUGCAUUCGACGAAUCAAAUCCCGAAACACUACGCGUACAUUGUGGUUUUCUUGAUCUGUUUCUUCGUGGCCGGAUUUGCCUGGUCUUGGGGACCUCUGGGUUGGUUGAUUCCGAGUGAAAUCUACCCACUGGAAACUCGAACGGCCGGAUUCUUUACUGCGGUCGCCAUGAACAUGCUCUUCACUUUCAUCAUCGCACAAGCUUUUCUGACCCUGCUCUGCCACAUGAAAUCAGGGAUCUUCUUCUUCUUUGCUGUAUGUAUUUUGCUGAUGGGCUCUUUUGCCACAUUCUUUCUGCCGGAAACAAAGGGCAUUCCGAUUGAUGAAAUGAACGAGAGGGCUUGGAAGAAACAUUGGUAUUGGAAGAAGUACUUAACCGAUGAUGAUUAUGAUGAUCAAGAAAUCCAGAAGAAGGUGUCAGAAUGAUGAGCAGACUUGGAAUCUGAUCAGAUUUUUUUGCUGAUCUCUAUUACUCCAGUGUUAUUUAGUACUCCAUCUCUCCUAAAAUUAUUAUCAAGUUUGAGAUUUCACUUUUAGUACAAUUAAAACAAAAAAUGAAAACCCAAAUUGGAUAAUAAAUAUGGAACGGAGGGAGUAGUUUUAGAGGUAAUAUAGUCUCAUGAUGAACGGAGUUAGUUUAUGGAUUUUGUUUCUUUCCAUUUGUGAUUUUUGAUUGAUAGAACACACACUAGACGUUGUGAUGGUUAAACAUAAGCUAAUUGUUGAAUUCCAAUUUACUC